AUGCGGAGAUCAGUCGCGGUAGGGCCGGUUAUCCGGUGCGAACCAUGUGAUGCUGGAGCCCGGCUCCUGUGCAAGCCGUUGCCCAGGGACUGCGCAGAGAGAGUUCGCGAACCGGGCUGCGGGUGCUGCAUGACUUGCGCGCUGGCCUUUGGAAAGCCGUGCGGGGUGUACACGGGGAGAUGUGGCUCCGGGAUGACAUGCCAGUACCAGCCCGGCGAGACGAAACCUCUCCAAGCUCUGCUGGAAGGACGAGGACAGUGUGCAAACGCGAUCAUUAAAAGACCUGUUGCCACUUUAGUCAAUGAACGUCAAGGUAAAUGCCACGAUGAUGACGCAGUUAGGAAAGUUUUUUACGCAUGGUUUGCCAACUGAUUAUUAUAUCAUUAUGAUGAUGUGCGCUGUAAAAAUAUCGAUACUUUUGCUUGUCAUCUGAAACAUCUGGAUGUAAGGCAGCCUAAAGUAUAAUUCAUCACCUUGCGCUAUCCGUUAGGAUGAAGCCAGCCUGCGCGUAAUAUGUCCAAUAUUUACACAAUUGGAUUGACAAACAAUUAUACUGUCUCACUCAUUAUCUGGUUGACAUUGAUGUUUGACCUUGUAAUUUAACUGCAUCACUGCUGUUUACACUAUUAUUAUUUUCACUUUGUGGAAUUUUAAAACUGUGACUGUGUCAUACAAGGGUUUCAUGGAGAUUAUUGAUGGAAUUAGUCUUAUUUGACAGAUAUCAAUAUUUAUUUCAACCAUCUAUAUUGUGGUUUGCAAUUGUAAAUCAAUACUGCUUUUCCAUUUCUUAAGCUUCAAAGGAUAUCUGACCAUCAAACUCUCCUCUCUACCCUCCUUUCUUCAUCAGUAAUUAAUGUGCAACUACACUGAACAAAAAUAUGAAUGCAACAUGUAAAGUGUUGGUCCCAUGUUUCAUGAGCUGCAAUGAAAGAUCCCAGAAAUGUUCCAUACACACAAAAAGCUUAUUUCACUCAAAUGAUGUGCACUAAUUUGUUUACAUCCCUGUUAGUGAGCAGGUGUGGCAUAUCAAUAAGCUGAUUAAAGCAUGAUCAUUAUGCAGGUGCUGGGGACAGUAAAAGGCCACUCUAAAAUGUGCAGUUUUAUCACACAACACAGAUGUCUCAAGUUUUGAGGAAGCAUCCAAUUGGCAUGCUGACUGCAGGAAUGUCCACCAGAGCUGUUGCCAGAGAAUUCAAUGUUAAUUUCUCUACCAUAAGCCGCCUUCAACGUCGUUUUAGAGAAUUUGGCAGUACGUCCAACCGGCCUCACAACCGCAGACCACGUGUAUGGCGUUGUGUGGGUUUGCUGAUGUCAACGUUGUGAACAGAGUGCCGAAGGGUGGUGGGGUUAUAGUAGGGGAAGGCAUAAGCUACGGACAACAAACACAAUUGCAUUUUAUCGAUGGCAAUUUGAUUGCACAGAAAUACUGUGACGAGAUCCUGAGGCCCAUUGUGAGGCCGAUUUUUUUUUUUUAAGUAUCUGUGAACAACAGAUUCAUGUCUGUAUUCCCAGUCAUGUGAAAUCCAUAGAUUAGGGCCUAAUUAAUUUAUUUCAAUUGACUGAUUUCCUCAUUUGAACUGUAACUCAGUAAAUCUUUGAAAUUGUUGCAUGUGUGUUUAUAUUUUUGUUCAGUAUAUUAUUAGCUUGGAUGAACAUCAAGGGACUGUCAAAAAAAUGCCUGAACCAGCACAUACAGACCAUUCACAUGAUUCUUGUGAUCCACCCACACAAUCCAUUAGUAUUAUUAUAUAUGAAUUAUUAUACUUUACUGUAUGUUUUCUUUUUACAUUUCUUAAGGACUCUUUGAGGACUAAUACCUGGUGGACUAAACAAAAUACUAACAUUUAAAUAGAUGAUUAUGUAAUAUUGUGAAUGCUUCCAAUUGUGCCACAAUAACAUGAAUUCACAAACAAAACAAUGCCCCACUCUCUGUUUUUGGCAGAAAAUUAUGGUGGUACUCAGGAGGAGGAGCGAAUCACCACCGCCCCAGUGCUCCAAGCCCCCUUCAGCACCAGCAGACCUCCUGUAGACUCCAGACUCCCCCAUCACCCCUCUCUCCUCCACCCAGUCAAAGCAGAGGUCAUCCGUAGGGAGCAGCUGAAGAGGGCCCAGAGUUACAAGAUGGAGGAAAUCCCUGGAGCUCUCAGCACAGACCAACAGAACUUCUCCCUGGAAUCCAAGCAGGACCCAGAGUAUGUAAGUACCAGGUCCACUGUUUACCUUUCUCUAGGAACAGUCUGUAAGGGAAUGUUCUCCUCCUUCUUCGCUCUGUGUUAUGCUUUCAUCCUCAUUUCCUCAGUGUUUUGGUGUUUUUCUCCCCCUUUCUCAUCCUUUCUCCCUCUUUCUUCCCCCUUUCCUCAGUGUUUUGGUGUUUUUCUCCAUCCAUCUGCAGGUGAUGAUAUGUUCUGGGUAUGGUUGCUGACGGCUGGCGGGGGUGCGUCGGUGGUGGCGGGAGAUUGGAGUGGCGCUGAUUGGGUAUGGUAGCUCUGCCUCUGCGGCUGACCUCGGGUCAGGUUGUUGUUUCGCCGCAAGGCGUCCGCGUGCCGCCCGGGGGCAGGGAGGGGAGCAUUGGCGGGCUGGAGGGGAGCGCCGAGCCUCAGAACAAGCUGAUGAUGGAUUGGGACUCUGCGUGUUUGGACCCUCCCUCCUCUUUCUAUUUUUGA